GAGGCGAUGAAAGCAGAAGAAAUGGAAGAGCAAGAUGGAGAACAUGAGCUUGAGAGGGAUGUUGAGGAGAAUGAGGAAGAAGACAGACAGGUGAGGGAAGAAAGGCAGGUCGAGGAGAAAGAUGAUGAGAAAGAGGAACAUCAGGAAGAGGAGAAAACUGGACAACAUCACCUGGCAGAGCAGUUCAGACAACAGAUCAGAACUGAUCAUGAGAACAUUCAGCAAAAUCAAGAAACUUCAAGGCGAGAAGGUAAAACAGUCAGUGAGGAUGAAAACUUGUCAGAUGCAUUGGAAUCUGACAAAGACUUCUUGGGAUGUGAGGAUGAAGGCUACAACUUGGCUGAACAAAGAGCUGGUAAAAAACAAUAUGAGGAUGCUGAGGAACUGGAAGAUCCUGAUUCAAAAUCAGAAGAGGAAGAUGAAAAUGAGAAGUUAACAGAUGGGAAAAGAACAAAAGCAGAAUCUUGGACAAUUCAAGAAGAGGAGCUUCAAGAUGAUCACAAAAAACUUGAAGAGGAAGAGUCUACAGAUGAUGAGGAAGCAGAACACACAGCGGACGAAGACGUUGAUAAUGAUGAUGAAGAUGUGGUAAAGAUUUACUGCAAAGAUGAUUAUCUCACAGAGGUAUUCAACACCUUGACAGAGUUCAGGUACUCCUCCCUUCUCACUGACCUUGCUUUGAUCACAGAGGAUGGGAAAAGUUAUCUUGUCCACUCCCCUGUCCUGGCUGCUGUCAGCUCCCUCGUCUGGGAAAGUCUGAGUAGAAGCAAUAUAGAAAACAGUGAAGUUGAUGAAAGAAAAGAUGGAGUCCACAAGUGGUCAGUGUCUCUGGGUCCAGAAGUGGAUCAUGUUGGAUUAGAAGCAGUUGUAGAAUUUGCCUACGCUGGUCUCAUUUCAUGUUUGAACAAGGACACAGUGCACCAGAUCAAGGCUGCAGCUCAAACACUCAGAGCCCCCAGGGUCUUGGAUCUCUGCAGCGAGGAAGAGGAAAAGUCCACUCAAACUGGAGAGCAGAAGAAUAAGGAAAGAACGUCCACUGAAGAACAAAUGAAAAUCACUCUCCAGUCGAUCAAACAGCUGUGGAUGGACCGAGUGGGCUGUGAUGUCAUUCUGGAAGCUGUUGGAGGAUCGCUUUAUGGCCACAGAGUCAUCUUGGCUGUGUGGAGCGACUACUUCCGUAGCAUGUUUACCUUGGGAAUGAGGGAGUCCCGUCAGCCCCGUGUGACCCUCCCCUUCCUUUUGGCUCCAGAGCUGGAGGUUCUGAUUGACUGCUCCUACAGUGGGGCUCUCCCCCUCAGCUGGAGAUGUGUCUUUGAGAUAACCAGCACUGCUCUCCAGCUCCAGUAUCAACCUGCCCUCUCCUUGUGCCUUAAGUUCUUGCAACAAGAAAUAAAUCCUCACUCCUGCCUGGAUGUGGCAUCUUUUGCUGAGGCCUAUGAGUUGGCGCAGCUUCUUGAAGUCGCAGACGAUUUUGUCAUGCGGCAAUUCCAAAAGGUGGCUUGCACCUCAAAGUUCAAGGACCUGCCAGCCAAACAGCUGCUGAGGUACCUGAACAGUCACUCGCUCUGUGUUCCAUCAGAGCUUGUUGUAUUCAAAGCAGUGGUGGCAUGGAUCCAAGCAAAGCCAAAGACAAGGCUGAGGCUUGCUAAAGAGCUAAUGAAAACCAUCCACUUUCCCCUGAUGACGUUCAAGGAGUUCAAAGAGGUCCAAUCUCUGAACAUGUGGUCUCACCGCAGCCUGGCAGAGCUCUAUGAGGCAGUUUUUGAGGAUUUCUGUGCAAACGAGACUGUGCCACAGAGCCACUGUCGCAUCUACCUGCCAAAAGAGAGCCUGAUCUUAAUUGGGGGUGACCAGACUUCUGAAGACCUGGGUAGCCGCAGCAUCAGCAGGGAGCUCUGGUUUGGGAAUUCCUUAAGGAACCAUACAGGAAUAAAAAAGGCCAUGGAGUGGAGAAAGCUGGGAGAGAUGCCAGAUCCAGGAAGGUACAUGCAUGAGGUUACUGUGCUCAAAGGACAACUAUACGUGUUUGGAGGCAAGAAGUAUUAUGGCACCAACGACACCCUGAAUUCGGUUUACAGGUAUGACCCCCUUCAAAACAGCUGGGAGAGACUGGCUGAAAUGCAGGAAAAGAGGUGCUCUUUCUCCGUGGUCGUGCUUGAUGGAAAGAUAUAUGCCAUCGGCGGACAUUGUGACCCAGACUACAUAGAGAGUGUGGAACAGUACUGCCCCAUUACAAACUCUUGGAGCUUCAGCUGGCCCUUGGAUAUGCCUCUGAGUGCUCAUGUAGCAAAAGUUUUCCAAGGACAGAUUUUUGUCUCAGGAGGGCUGAGCGGUGACUACCAGUGUCUUGCAUCCAUGUUCCUGUAUCACCCGGAGGCAGGAAGCACUUACUUGGCUAACAUGGCUAAACCUCGAGCUCAUCACUGUAUGGAGGCCGUGGGCCAAAGCCUGUACGUAGCAGGUGGAAUCGCCACAGAUGACAACAUGACUAUUGUUGACCAUCUCACUUGUGAGGUGUACAAUCCAGUGCUGAACUCCUGGACCGCCUUCACAUCCUUGCCAGUGCCACAUGUAGGGGCAGGAAGUGCAGUUUUGGAGGGAAAGUUUUAUGUGCUUGGCGGAUACAGCCAGGAGGACUACAGUGACACGAAGAUGGUCCAUCGUUAUGACCCCACCACGCAGAGAUGGGAGAACAUGGGCAAGAUGCCUGGACCAAACAAUGACAUACGAGCAUCUCUGCUGUGUUUGCCACCACAUUUCCGACUGUAAGAUGUAAUGAGCUGAAUUUUAGGAUUGUACAGGUUAAAACAGUGGAAAUUUUCCAAUUCACAUUUUUCUAUUUUCAUUUUGCAAUUUGUCUCAACUUUAUGUCGUUGUCUUACAGAGUAUAUGACUUAAAAUUUUAGACACACCAUGUAGGAUAUUUGUGUGAUGUAGUGCAUUUUUGAUGGUAUGUGUAUUCAAAUUAUCUGUAAAAUAUUUAAAAGGUUCUUUUGUGAAAAUUUUCAUGUAUUAUGGAGCAUUACAGAUGAGACAAUAAUCAACAAAACAAAGAAUGAAAAAUAUUUUUACACUCAUUGCUGCAAUAAGCAGCUAUGAACACAGGAGGGAGCUGCUAAGACACCAGAGACAGGAAAAGUGAACAAGAAAAGGACAAGAAAACCACUGAACGUCAUGUGUCCAUUCAGGUUGUCAUACACUCUGCCGUUAUCCCACAGUUCCAUGUACACCUUAUCACCAGUAACCAGCUGCAGAAUAACAGAGCCACCGCUACUGUCUGAGCUGUCAGACGUGGGAUAAUCAUAUGUUGAAGUUUGUCGAAUGCCGUGUGUUUCAUUAAAAUGGCUUCCAUCAUGUGAGUGUUGUAGCCAAAGGUACUGAAGCUGAAGAAAUAGAGACCGAGCAGAUGUAAAAUGUGCUGCAUGAAUUACAAGUGGAGUUUUAUUUUUAUGAAUUUUAUCAAAGGCAGAGUUGUAGGUUUGUAGGUGCAAUCAUGGCUUUUCAGAACCCGAGGUGGCAAAAAGGAAAUUCAAAAUAUCAUUUUGAUUAGUGCAACUUUAAACUCCUACAAGCACAGCAGCAGCACUCGAGAGCUGAGUCAGACAGCAUCAUUAAAUUCUUCCACUUUGUUUGUUCUUGUUUGAAAUACCUGAAGCAGAUGUGUGAGUUUUAAAGCCUCUUAAAAAUAUGCUUCAAAAUAAUUGAUAUGUCUCAUUGAUAUACAUAUUUAAUUUUCUAUAUUACUUUACUUUGCUUGUCUGUUGUGCCUGAUUGGAAGUUUUAUUUUUAACUGGCUGUUCAGCUCC